ACAAACUAUCAGAACUACAGAGGAACACUACAAAAACAACAGGCAUACAGAAUGAGUCUUCUCCUUCUGGUGGUUGCUUUGGGGCUUGCAGGAGCGGCUCCCUUGGAGGACAAGGUCUGCCAGCCUCACUCUAGACCCUGGCAGGUCAGGUUGCAUUAUGGAAGAAGUUCCUGCAGUGGAGCUCUCAUUAACCAAUGGUGGAUAGCAACCUCCUUUACAUGUUCACCCACAUCCAGCAACGCCAUUGUAUCUCUUGGGGAACAUGACAUUACAGUGGAGGAGGGCACAGAGCAGCACAUUCGAGUUGCUGCCGUAAUCCCUCACAGUCCCUACCGCUCAAGCCUCCACAGCCUCACGCUGGUCCGUUUGGCCGAACCUGCUCGCUUCACCAAGUAUGUUCAGCCCAUCCCUCUGCCGAGACGCUGCCCACAGCCUGGAGAGACCUGCUAUGUCAGCGGCUGGGGAUCUACCAUCCCAAAUGAUUAUAGUCCUUCUCAACAGCUGAAAUGUAUAACGGUGCCUAUUGUGAAUGACCAGACUUGUGAGCGCGCAUUCCCUUCCGAUUUGUAUUGGAGUGAUGGCAUGGUCUGUGCUGGGCAAGAACACACAGAUAACUGCAUGUAUGAUGCCAGCAGUGUGUUGGUGUGCGAUGGCGAGCUGCAGGGUUUGCAGUGGCACAAUCAUGGCUGCAGGGAUCGAGCUAAUCCCACCGUCUACACCAAGAUGUGCAAGUACAAUAGGUGGAUCAACCAGGUGAUGGACAGCUACUUUCAGACAACCACUGCAGGAACAACACCUGCAAAUAUAAACAACAACGAAUAAAAUGUCAUAUGUUCUGAGAAAUCAUGUUUUAUUUAUGAAUUUUAGUACACUCUUUACUCUGUGUUUCCUCCUUUUUCCUCAUUUGCCUCAGCACACAGCUGGCUAAUAGCUGCUAAUUAGCUCAGAUCUUUUUUUCCCCCUCAGUAAAUCAUAAUUUCACACAUGCUGCUGUGCAUACAGGAGACAGUGAUGAUGAAUUAUACAUAGACAGCGAUUGUUUGUUUUGUUUUUACACGUUGAACAUAAAAAUUACUACAUCUUGAUAAAAAA